AUGGCAAGAUACCGGACUGUUGCCUGCACCUUCGCGGAUGAGCACCUUAACUAUUAUUUCCGUGGUGACCAGCACCUUGACCGUGACGACGACAUAGACAACGAAUAUGAGGAUACUAGUAGCAGUGAGUCCCCUGGGUCGUACAGAUACGAUGUUUUCCUAAGUUUCAGUAACGAACACACCGUCUCGAGUUUUGUGAGCCAUCUAUAUGCAGCAUUAGAUCGGAGUGGAUUGGUCUCCUUUAAAGAUGACCAAAGGCGUGACAGAGGGGAAUUCCCUAGUUCUGAUCCACAACUAGUUUCAAAAGCUAUCGAGGACUCAAAAGUUGCCCUUGUCAUUUUUUCACGAGACUAUGGUACGGCAACAUGGUGCGUGGAUGAGCUAGUGAAGAUUCUAGAGUGCAGACAAGAUAUGGGGCAACUAGUACUGCCCAUCUUUUACAAUAUCCCGGCUUCUGUUGUACGGGGCAUCUAUAUGCAGAACAAGGACAAUGGGAAAUAUUUGAAAAAGGACCGCUGCUUUGGCAAGGUUGGCCAACCUUUCCGGCUACGUUCUUCAAGAUGGAAUAUAUCCUUGGACGAGGCAAAUGUCAUCAAAAGUAUCAUUUCUGCAACAGCAAAACAUGUAUCUUAUAAAGGUUCAAAUGUUGACAAGAGCUUCCUAGGCACAGAUCACCUCGUUAAUGGUUUGUUACACAAUCACAUCAAAUAUGAGUCCUUCCAGCCGUCAUCUUCUUCCUUUCCUCACAAAUCACACAAAUACGAUGUCUUUUUGAGUUUCAGAGGGGAAGACACGCGCUCGAAUUUUGUGAGCCACUUACAUGCUGCAUUAGAGCGGAAUGGAAUUGUCACCUUUAAGGAUGACAUAAGGCUUGAGAGAGGAAGAUCCAUUUCUCCAGAACUUUUGAAAGCUAUUGAGGAUUCAAAAGUUGCGCUUGUCAUUCUUUCACGAAACUAUGGUUCUUCAACAUGGUGCUUGAAUGAGCUGCUGAAGAUUAUGCAAUGCAGACAAGAUAUGGCACAAGUGGUCAUGCCAGUCUUUUACCAACUGCAGCCUUCUGUUAUACGGAAGAAUUUUUUGAGGCAGAAAAAUGAGGGGAAGUUCUUGCAGGCCUCCACUGAACGUGAAUUAGAAGGGAAAGAGAGCAAAGUACAGGAAUGGAGCGAUGCUUUGACAAACCUGGCCAAUCUUUCAGGAUUUGUUGUUGAAGAUGGCAUUGAUGAGGCAAAUGCCAUCAGACAUAUUGUUCGCGCAACAGAAAAACAUAUGUCAUACACAUGUUCGAAUGUUGACAAGGGCUUCGUAGGAAUGGAUCGCCGCGUUGAAGAUCUUGGAUCCAUGGAAUGUGAGGAAUUGGAAAGACAACCCUUGCUCGAGCUGUUUCUGAUCGAAUUUGUGAAGAUUUUGACGGUAGAUGCUGUCUUUCUAAUGUUAGAGAAUUUUCUAAAAAAGAUGGCCUAG